AUGUCUUUGAAAGGAAAAUCUGCCAUUAUCACAGGUGCAAAUAAGAACUUGGGCCAAAAAACUGCUCUUGCUUUCGCCGAGGAGGGCUGUGACUUAUUAGUCCACUGCCAUAACCCUAAGUUCAAGAAAGAUUUGGAUUCGUUUGCCGAGGAAUUGAAGAAAGACUAUGGUAUCAAGGCAGUUUCUUUUCAGGGGGACUUAACUCAGGAGGCUCCUAACAAGGAAAUGUUCGAGUUGGCUUCUAGCAAAUUGGGAAAGAUCGAUAUUGCAAUUAACAAUGUUGGAAUGGUACUCAGAAAGCCGUUGGCAGAGGUCUCGUUGGACGAGUACAAUGCCAUGUUUGACAUCAAUACCAAGGCAGCAUUUCUAUUCUUAAGGGAAGCAGCAAACAAACUUGCUGAAAACGGAAGUGUUAUCAUGCUGACUACCUCUUUGCUUGCUGCCUACACGGAUGGUUAUUCGAUUUAUCAGGCAGCCAAGAGUGGUGUGGAAUUCAUGUGCAAGGCUUUGUCCAAGGAGACCAAAAAGCAGAUUUCUUUCAACUGCAUUUCUCCAGGCCCUAUGGAUACUCCAUUCUUGUAUGGUCAGGAGACUAAAGAGAGAGUUGAAUUUUUCAAGACUCAAGCCUCGGCAGGAAGAUUGACCAAGGUUGAAGAUAUCAUUCCAAUCAUCAAAUUUUUGGCCAAAGAUGGUCACUGGAUUACCGGUCAGAACAUCUUUUGCUCGAAUGGUUUCACUGCUCCUAAAUAA